GACAUCAGCAGUACUUGGGCCAUCCUCAUAGAAAGGGCAUCUGGGUAGGGAAACCAUGAAACAGCAAGCACAGGGGCAGGAGAGCAGACGGCAGUCGUCAGCCCCCAGGACAGCAAACUCUCUGACUCCCGCUGCCAUGCAGAAAGUCUCACGACCAGUUCAGGACCAAGCUUCCCCACAGCUCUCUUCCCAGUCCUCCAGAGUGUCUCAAAUCCAGCUCCUGGCGAGCAACAACAGCAGUCAACGCAUGCUGGAGGACCAAGUCCUCUGUCCCAUUUGCCUGGAGGUUUUCCGAAAUCCCGUCACCACCGCCUGUGGCCAUAACUUCUGCAUGCUUUGCCUCCAGAGUUUCUGGGACCACCUGGCUGCCAUCGGGGAGACGUACUAUUGCCCCCAGUGCAGAGAGACCUUUCCCACCAGGCCCCGCCUCUGCAAGAAUGCCAUCCUUGGGGAGAUGGUGGCUUGCUUCACCCAGGCCAAGAGCCAGACCUCGGGGCCCCUGAGGAACCUGGCCGGCCCCACAGAUGUGCCCUGCGACUUCUGCUCCCCGCAGAAGCUGAAGUCAGUUAAGUCGUGCCUGCAAUGCAUGGCUUCCUUGUGCGAGAAGCACCUACGCAGCCACUUUGAGGAUCAGCUGUUCCAGGACCACCAGCUGCUGGAGCCUGUGUGGGACCUCAAGAACCGCCUGUGCCGCAAACACCGCAAGCUCCGGCAGCUGUACUGCCGCACCGAGGGCAGCUGCGUGUGCGGAACCUGCCUGCUGGAGGACCACAAGAACCAUGACACCACCCCGCUGGAGGAUGAACGGGCCCGCAAGGAGGUGGAAGUUCGGAAGGUUCAGGCCAAUGUGGAGAACCAGAUGCUAAUCAUCGCCUCUGACAGCCAGAAGCACCACGGACGAGUAAGCUUUCUCUCGAAACUGAUCCAGACAAUGCGAGAUGAGGUGAACAACUGCUUCUCGGAGAUCCUUCAUGAGAUUAAACAGCUGCAGAUAAAGGUCUUGGAGUUUGUGGAGAAAGAGGAGGCAGCUGCCCUGGGAAAGCUGGGUAACUCUAUCCAGCAAAGCCACAACCGGUUCCUGUCGUUGGAGGGGGACAGCCUCUGGCUCCAGAGCCUGCUCACCAACAGGAGUGACGAGCAGUUUCUGCAGGAGUUCCCCAGACUGAAGCACUACUCUGCCUGCGUGGAACCCUUGAUGGGUACCAGCUAUGAGGAGACACAUUGCUUCCUUCAGCUGCCAGAGACCCUGGCCCAGCUCCGCACCCGGCUGACGGACAUUGGCCUCAGCUUCGUCAACCAGCUGCUCCUGAAAGGUCACUGGCUCCAGGACUGGUCAAGCCUCCCUCUGGACGGAUGCUGGGAUGUAAGAGGGUCCUCAGCAAAGCUUCUCCAUCCCUCCUCCCCAGGCAUCAAGAUGAGCUCCUAUGAGGUGCUACCCUCAGCUGUGGACAGGAAAACACUACUCCAGUGUUACUGCAACCUGAACUUCGACCCCGCCACAGCCAGCGAGGAGCUCUUCUUGUUCAAGGAAACACACUCGGUGUUGAACUUGGGCAUUCUUCUGGAGCCCUCGACCACCAACAGCCCUUUGCCUGGCUUCAAGCAGUGGCCCCAGGUGCUGUGCUGCCCCGGCCUGUCGGAGGGUUGUCACUACUGGGAGGCCGAGGUGUCCAACUCGUGGAUGUGCCUGGGUGUCACAUACCGCCACUGCCCUCCGCUGGGCAGCCGCCCCCGUCGCAACAUCGUCUACCUGCUGGGCCGCAACCCUUACUCGUGGUGUCUGGAGUGGGACUCGCUCAAGUUUUCGGUGUGGCACAACAACAUGCAGACGGUGCUGCAGGGCUCCUACCACCACACGCUCGGCGUGGCGCUGGACUUUGGCGCCGGCUGCCUGUCCUUCUAUGGGGUGACGGGCGGCAUGAGCCUCCUCUACCGCUUCCUCACCUCCUUCCUCGAGCCUCUGUACCCCGCGGUCAUGGUCAGCAGCGGAGCCUCGCUCACACUCAAGCAGUACCCAGAGGCAUAGGCAGCGCCCGCCGGCACAGGCUGGCUGCCAAUAAAGUUAGACUCUAUGUAGUGGCUAGGCAGGAGUGCUGAGAGGGUGGCAGGGGCCUGGCGUGGUCCCCUGCCCCCAGAAUAAAAGUGGGGGGCCCACCUGCUUCCCAGUCCUA